AAGGAUCACAGUCCCGGAGCACCGGGUCCUGCGCUUCUGCUGUUCACUGCCCCAAACUUUACUGCCCCUCACUGCCCAGAGUUCAGCCGCGGAGCAGCGGCGCUCAUGAGGAUCCGAGACGGAGCUGAAACUCCUCCUCCACACAGCGCGUGAAAAAGAAAGCCCGGGUUUUGGCGCCUAAUUAAAGCAGCUGGUGCUGGUGGAUCUGGUGGAUGGGCAGGGGGAGGCAGUCCUGGCUGCUCUCCUGCGUCUCUCUCAGCUCCAUUAUGGUGGAUAAGGGUCCCCUACUGACCUCGGCUAUUAUCUUCUACCUGUCCAUCGGGGCAGCGAUAUUCCAAGUGCUGGAGGAGCCCAACUGGAAACUUGCAGUGAAUCAGUACAAUGAAAAGAAGGAGAAGAUCCUCAAAGACUACCCGUGCCUUACAAAAGCUGACCUCGACAGGAUCUUGGAGGUGGUGUCUGAAGCUGCAGGGCAAGGUGUCACCAUCACCGGAGAUAAAACCUUCAACAACUGGAACUGGCCAAACGCCGUCAUCUUCGCUGCUACGGUCAUCACAACUAUCGGUUAUGGCAACAUUGCCCCCAAAACAUCAUCAGGGAGGGUUUUUUGCAUUUUUUAUGGACUAUUUGGUGUUCCACUAUGUCUGACCUGGAUCAGUGAACUUGGGAAGUUUUUUGGAGGAAGAGCAAAACACCUUGGACAGUAUCUUACCAAGAGAGGGGUCACGCUGCGAAAAGCACAGUUCACCUGCACAGCCAUCUUCCUGUUAUGGGGUGUCCUGGUUCAUUUGGUUAUUCCUCCGUUCGUGUUCAUGUCUCAGGAGGGUUGGACCUACAUAGAGGGCCUGUACUUUUCCUUCGUCACUUUGACGACAAUUGGAUUUGGUGAUCUUGUAGCAGGUGUUGACCCCAAUGCGGACUACCCUACUCUGUAUCGCUACUUUGUGGAGGUGUGGAUCUACCUAGGUUUGGCCUGGCUGUCCCUCUUCUUCAACUGGAAGGUGCGGAUGGUCAUCGAGGCCCACAAGGCUCUGAAGAAGCGGAGGAAGCGUCGCAAGCUCUCACUGGACGAGCUGCAGCACUACAAAGAAAACAACAAAGCCCUGCACCUGCCGUCUACCGCCAACGAUGUCAACAUCUUCAGCUUCCUGAGCAAGAGACAGGAGGGCUACAAUGACCUCAUCAAACAGAUCGGCGCCAAGAAGGAAGGAGGAGGCGAGUGUGCCAAUGGAGUUGCUGGCAACAAGUCUAAAGAUUUCAGCCGCUCCAAAAGUUGCAGUGAUGCUGUCACCAUCAACGGAAAUGCUAUUCUUAACCUGGAUCGAUCGCCUCGGCAGAAGCGCCGCUACAGCUUCAGCGAUCGGGUCACUGUGGCCUUCUCCAAGUCCAAGAGUUACCUGCUCGGGCAGGAGGGUGGACCUCUGCUGAACGAGAUGCAGGGUGAUGGAGAUGUGGAGGCAGAACUGGAGAGGAUGUAUGAGAAUCAGCUGGACAAAGAAGAAGGUGAAGAACACGGAAAUCUCGGGCCCGGAGGCCACGGGGCUGGCCGUCACAAAUGGGAGUCCAAAGAUUACCAUCCGCUCAUCUUCCAGAAUGCUAACAUCACCUUCAUUGAUGAGGAGAAUCUCCUAAACAACAACCUAGAGGAGGAAGAGGAGGAGGAUGAAGACACCAAGCCCAAACUCUCGACCUCUGACGAAAACGUCGAAUCAGAGACUGAUUCUAAGGAGGAGCAGUGCUCCGAAUCCGAAGGCUCCGUGUUUACGGACAGAUCAGAGCAUUGCCACUCCUAUGAGCAGCUGGUAGAGGAGUACUCCAAGGAGGGCAACACUGAGACCUGAACCAUUGACAUCAGAACAUGGACCUAACUCAAACCCUCAGUGAGAGCUUCCUAUAAUUUUUUUUUUUUUUUUUUUUUUCCCAUUUUUCCACUCUGGGACAUUUUGCACAAACCUUGAAGUUUUCUUGUGCCCGACUUGAUCAAAGUAGAUUCUUUUUGUUGUCUGUGAAACACCAUGAACAUUUUUGGUGUUAAUUUGAAGUGCAUUUCAGUCAGUAUUAUGAUGAGCAAAGAAGCUGUGGAUGUUUCAAAAGAGACCUGAUUAAGUCCACAAUUUCAUUAAUGACUGAGGCUAUGGAUGAAUGGACUAGAAUUUUUUUAAAGGCUUCUUGAUGGCUGCCAUGUUAUAGGGGUUUUAUUUCUAGCCUUCGAAUAAUAUAGUAAUUGUAACUUAUUAGAUUGAGUGGAAACCACAUCGACCUGAAUAUGAACUGCAGAAUCUGUUGUAAUGGAUCCGUGGUUCAUAGGACAUGAGCAAUAGGGAGAGGUGAUUCCAUUGAGAAUUGCUCCUGGUUUCCUUCUACUUCUAUGCAUCAUAUUGGUGUUUUUAUCUUAAUGUAAUGAAGGAAAAAAAAACACUGCCUGCUUUUACUUUGACCCAUUUUUAUGGGGUUUGUCUUUUUCUGGUUCCCAGUUUCACAGUGUGAAAUAGUAGAACACUGCAGAGAGCGAUUAUGCUGUCCUGCGCAAGGCAAUGUGUUUAUUCAGCUGAAAAGGCCCUGAAACUCCUCCUGUGGGCAGCACUCAAUCUGAGCCAGAAAAUGCACGUCUGCGUUGUUGUUGUUGUUUGUUUGUUUGUUUGUUUGUUUGUUUGUUUUUACUGAUGUAGCACUCCAUCCACUGCAUCAUGCCUUUUUGCCAUGUAAUAGUUUCAUGUUAAGGUCUUCCAUUGUUGUCCAAUGCCUUAUUUUUUUUAAAUAUAUUUUAAAUUGAUAUGUUUGCAUUAAACCAAACAAAUAUUUUAUCUUUAGUUUAGACCCCACUUUUAAAUAUGGAAAUGUGUGUGAAAUUGGUAGAAGAAACUUAGGAAUGUCAAAUGGUGUUAAUAAAUUGAUUGAUAUUCUGAUAAGUUGAUUUUUUUUUUUUUUAAAUAUGGAUCGUUUUUAUAUUUUGAUGUCUCAAUUGCCAUAUCUCAACCUGUAUUGAAAUACUGUGGCAUCAAAGGAUGUCAGGUCUUAUUGAAUAGCGCUGGAGCUAUGAGCUAAUGUGGCUAACAAACACUAGAAGUCAAUAGCCACCCAAAAGUUUUCUGUAAAUACAUCCUCAAAUCUUCUCUCAGUGUUCUUCUCCUCCUCCUCCUCCUCCUCCUCCUCCUACUCCUACUCCUAAUCCACCACCACCACCCUUAUUAGUCCUACAACAGGGAGAUUUCACUUCUGCAGUCUAACCCAACCAUGUAGUGAAACACCACAUAUACACUAGUGAACACGCACUUGCUCGGAGUGGUGGGCAGCCCUAUCCACGGCACCCGGGGAGCAGUUGGGGGUUAGGUGCCUUGCUCAGGGGCGCUUCAGUCAUGCUUUGGGACCUUCCAGUCACAAGGGUGGUUCCCUAACCUCUAGACUAUGACUGCCCCCGUUCAAAUAACUUAAUCUUGCAAUUUUGCAAACUGAAGAUCAGGAAUGUAGCACCCAUGAACGUGAAGCAGAGCCGGAUUCAGCACAACACCUGUUAUCUACAGUGCAUAGCAGAGCACUGUACUGCUCAUUUAUAUAGCCUACAGUUAGCCAUACAGUGUCCUAAACCACAAGUCUGCUUUACCUUAAUGAAAAGCUGGAUGUGACGUGAGCAAGUUGAGAAGAGUUUUUUACUCAAAAGGCUUUUGGGUGACUAAUGUUUCUAGUGUUUAUUAGCAAUGUUAGUUUCAAUGCUGAACUAAAGAAGCGAAAUCUGGUCACCAAAGAUGUUUUGGCUGGUCAGCUACAUCUGGGGUAAGUGGAAAAUUAUAGAAAUUUUAUAGAGAUUUUGCCAAGCUAUUGCUUUAAGGAGUGAAGACCUUCCACUUGUAAUGUCUUUCGUUUAAUCCGAGCCUGAAAAUUUUGAACCAUUUAAGUGUGGUUUUAUGUAGUGCCAGUUUUGGUACUGUACCCGUAAGAAUGUGCGUGGAUAUCCUGCUCGCAAUUCCCUCUGCUGGGGAGUGUAUGUGUGCAUGUUCUCACACUGGCCUCUUGCGUCAUGAUGCUGAGCAACUCCAGUGCAUGGAAAACAGCUUCCUGAGUGGGUUUCCUGGCUUAGAUUAAUUGUGCUGGACACAUCUGAGCCGUUUCAUCCUCAUUGUUUGUCCAACUGCAGAUAUCCCAAUGCUCUGCAGCAAUAUCGGCAUUUUCUGUUGGAGUACUGCCCCUCUAUGUUACAAUGUCAUCAAUGCAAGUGCCUUCUGGAUAUGGAUUCACCCUCAGAGUGGGUCUUCCACAGAAAUGUGGAUUUGAGGGAUUCUUUCCUCCUAGUUCUGACACUCCUAUCCAUCUAGGCCUGUUUGUGACUCACGUUUUGCCCUUGAUUUUUGAAGUCAAGUGGGAUUGUUCCUUGAAGUGCCUGCAAACAUCCUGAUCCAAAAUAGAUCCCAUUUAAGCUCUCAAACUACUUCUCACCCAGUGACUCGGUGAAGCCCAGCAUGUUUUGCAUGUAAACACUGGACAACUGCCUGAGAGUAGCCACUGCUGUUCCACUUUGUUCAUGACACAGCCUUGUAGUCUGUUUACAUUCUUGUGACUUGAGUGGCCAUAAACACACUUAAUGUGGGUGACCAAGGUUAACAUGUGAUGAUGAUGAAAAUGUCUGAAAUAUUUCAGUCCAUGAUGAUUUUUUUACAUUUUGGUUUCUUGUUUUUUGCAAAACAAGCAAUGAAAUCCGAUAUUUUGGUCCUUAGUGCCACAAACCACAUUUGCACCAAUGUGUAUCGAGUGUUACUGUAGAUGGCUGUUCCCGUAUAAACAGUGAUAUGAAGCCCUCGUGUUGCCUCAGUGUGCCCAUAUAACAAUUCCUCACCUUGACUAGUGUUGAUAUGCUGCUUACAUAAUGUGAGAAGCGUUCAUUCAAUGGCUGUAGUCACAAAGUGCCUCUAGCAGUGCCUUAUCACUCCGUUAGAAGCUUUCUGUUAAGACCACUUGAUAACAUUAGAAGUGUUUUUCUUUUUAAGAAAAGGUGUUUGCUCAGCAUCACGUUUCAGUUUUGUAAUCAACCAUCUUACAUUUCGCAUUAUUCACCACAAGGUGCUUCUCUGAGUUCAGAAAUAUUUGCAAACAAUUGUUUUAGCCUGUAGUAGUGCCCUAUUGUUUUAAGCACGGUUCUGCAUAUUUUAGAAUCCAAAUUUCAGGUUUCAUUGUGAAAUAUAUGUAUAAAAUGUACUCUGCUAUAUAAUAAAGUUAUGAGAACGUA